UCCGUGAUCAUCCGUUGGGCUGCUCUUGUCGCUCUCACUCACUGCAGCAACGCUCACCGCUGUGUUUCCCAAUCAGACCUUGUCUAUCCACAGGCGUUGGGCCUUCCUCUUAACGCGUACGCCUCUCCACCUGUACGGUUUCCUGCGCGCCUUCUGCCAGUGGCGCUUGAGGCACUUCCAGCGAUUAGGGUUUCUGUUAUAGGAGGUGACUAUCGAGGACAAACCCAUUGCACCCACUCUAGUCUUGGGUUUCAGCCGCAGUUUCAGAAGUUGGUUGCUAGCGCUUCCAGUCACUUUUCCCGAAUACGACGAGUGGUCGCACUCGUAAGCGACAGGAAAAUCGCGCUGUUGGGUCGACCUAGGAGUUGCCUACGCGUCUGACAUCACGAAUCCGGGUUUUCAGGCGCGUGUCAAAACACGCAUUACACCGCGGCGUGGAAUCGAGGCCCCUUCAGAGAAAAAUAAGGCCCGUGGAUAGUGGCAGCAGCAGCAGCAGCAGCACCGCUGUCACUCUUCUCCUCGCCUUCAACCCACUUGCAGAUUUUACCGUGUUCUCUCGUCGCAAUGACAGACUACGAGGGCGAGCAGCAGAUGGAGGUGGAGGCAUUAGAGGCCAUCCUCAUGGACGAGUUCGAGAAGGUGGAGGACACGUCAGGGCUGGGUAUUACAACAGACGGGCCGUGCUACCAAAUCACGAUAUCACCAAAGGGGGAUGACGAGGAAGAGACAACACCGUUCCCAGUGCGGUUGGCUCUAUACUUCGCCCACACGCCCACCUACCCUGAUGAACCGCCUCUGCUCAGUGUGCGAAGUCUACAAGGAGUGAGAGCGGUUGACCUUGAGGAGAUCCGCAACAAGCUCAAGGAAGAGGCCGAGGAGAACUUAGGCAUGGCGAUGAUGUACACUCUAGCCACGUCAGCCAAGGAGUGGCUGAGGGAGAAGUACGGGGGAGUGGAGGAGGUGGAGGAGGAGGAGGAAAAGGAGGAGGUGAUAGAACCGCACGGGCUGCCGGUCACAGUCGAGACAUUCACGGAGUGGCGCGAUCGGUUCGAGGCAGAGAUAGCCCUGGAGAAAGCCAAGCUGCUAUCAGAUGCCGCACUUGCAGCAGCCAAGGAGAAGCGUCUCACAGGCAGGCAGUGGUUUGUGCAGAAAGCCAGCAAGGGAAUCGUGGUGGAUGAAGAGGAGGAAGAGGAGGAGGAGGAGGAAGAGGAGAUCGACUUUGACGAUGAUGACUUCGACGAAGACAUUGACGAGGAUGACAUGUUGGAUCAUUACCUCGCUGAAAAGAGCCAAGCAUAAUGGACUACCACGAUUCUGUUUGGAACAACCUGUUAGGAAUUGUAUGGAGGCCCAUAAAACAUUGGGAGAUCUUUGUGGGGACAUCCUGUGUGUAUGUGACGUGAAUGAAGCCGCACACAACUCAGCAAAUGUGAUGCUCACAUCAUCCCGCAAAUCCUCUGACUGAAUUGAUCAGUCAGACUUCAAAUGCAGUGGUGGUACCCUCAUACCCUAGACUGGACCAAGAGGUCAAGCAUACG